GGGCGGCCGCUGAGGGAGGCGGCCCGGGGCUCGCCUGGCCGCAGGGUGGGGGGAACUUUCUGCGCGGCCGCCGGCCUUCACCAUGCUGCGGGGCUAGAGCCGCGGAGACGCCGCAGCGGGGUAAUAAUGUUAGCAGAGACCAGUCUUUCCAUAUGGGGAUGGGGAAGUCUUGGUGUUGUGCUUUUUCUAAUAACUUUUGGACCCUUUGCUAUAUUUUACUUUGCAUUUUAUAUCCUCUGCUUCGUGGGUGGGGGUUUUGUGGUUACUCUUUUAUUUGGAAAAAGCAACUCAGAAAAAUACCUUGAGCAGUGUGAACAUUCAUUUCUUCCUUGUACAUCAGUUGGGAUCCCUAAGUGCAUAGAAGAAAUGAAACGUGAAGCCAGACCUAUUAAGAUUGACAGAAGACUGACAGGUGCAAAUAUAAUUGAUGAGCCUUUGCAACAGGUAAUCCAGUUUUCCCUGAGAGACUAUGUGCAGUAUUGGUAUUACACACUAAGUGAUGAUGAAUCGUUUCUUCUGGAAAUAAGGCAGGCUCUUCAGUAUGCACUUGUCCAGUUUUCUGCCAGGUCAAAGGAAACAGACUGGCAGCCUUAUUUCACUACACGACUUGUUGAUGACUUUGGCACUCAUCUUCGAGUUUUCAGAAAAGCUCAGCAAAGAAUAGCAGAGAAAGGUGAUCAGAUGAAAGACCAAGCUGAGGAACUUGUAGAUACAUUCUUUGAGGUUGAAGUUGAAAUGGAAAAAGAAGUCUGUCGUGACCUAGUCUGCACUUCUCCCAAAGAUGAAGAAGGAUUCCUAAGGGAUCUGUGUGAGGUUUUACUGUAUAUAUUGCUACCUCCUGGAGACUUCCAGAACAAGAUCAUGCGAUACUUUGUCAGGGAAAUCCUCUCCCGAGGGAUUCUUCUUCCAUUAAUAAACCAGCUCAGUGAUCCUGAUUAUAUUAAUCAGUAUGUCAUAUGGAUGAUUCGUGAUUCCAACUGUAACUAUGAGGCCUUUAUGAAUAUUAUUAAAUUAAGUGAUAACAUAGGAGAGUUGGAAGCAGUGAAAGAUAAAGCAAGUGAAGAACUGCAAUAUCUUCGAUCUCUUGAUACAGCGGGAGAUGAUAUCAACACUAUAAAAAAUCAAAUAAACAGUUUAUUAUAUGUUAUUAAAGUAUGUGAUUCAAGAAUUCAGAGGUUGCAGUCAGGAAAAGAAAUAGAUACUGUGAAACUGGCAGCAAACUUUGGAAAACUUUGCACAGUCCCUCUGGACCAUAUUCUGGUAGACAAUGUUGCACUACAAUUUUUUAUGGAUUACAUGCAGCAGACUGGUGGCCAAGCACAUCUGUUUUUCUGGAUGACGGUGGAAGGAUACAGGGUUACGGCACAGCAGCAGCUGGAGGUACUUCAAAGCCGGCAAAAAGAUGGAAAGCAUCAGACUAAUCAAACCAAGGGUCUAUUAAGAGCAGCUGCGGUUGGAGUUUAUGAGCAAUAUUUAUCAGAAAAGGCAUCUCCGAGAGUUAAUAUUGAUGACAACUUAGUAGCAAAACUGGCAGAAACACUGAACCAUGAGGAUCCAACACCUGAAAUCUUUGAUGACAUUCAAAGAAAGGUUUAUGAAUUGAUGCUGCGGGAUGAAAGAUUCUAUCCUUCAUUCAAACAGAACGUAUUGUAUGUGCGCAUGUUAGCUGAGCUGGAUAUGCUGAAGGAUCCUAGUUUCAGAGGAUCAGAUGAUGGUGAAGGAGAAUCCUUUAACGGGUCUCCUACUGGCAGCAUAAAUCUGUCCUUAGAUGACCUUUCAAAUGUCCCUUCUGAUGAGACAGUUCAACUCCAUGCAUACAUCUCAGAUACUGGCGUGUGUAAUGACCAUGGCAAGACAUACGCACUGUAUGCUAUCACAGUCCAUCGGCGAAAUCAAAACAGUGAAGAGACAUGGAAGACGUAUCGGCGUUACAGUGACUUCCAUGACUUUCACAUGAGGAUCACUGAGCAGUUUGAAAAUCUGGCAAAUAUACUGAAACUUCCUGGCAAAAAGACAUUUAACAAUAUGGACAGAGAAUUCUUGGAAAAGAGGAAAAAAGAUUUAAAUGCAUAUUUGCAGCUCCUGUUAAAUCCUGAAAUGAUGAAAGCUUCUCCAGCUCUAGCCCAUUAUGUGUAUGACUUCCUGGAGAAUAAAGCCUACAGCAAAGGGAAGGGAGAUUUUGCACGGAAGGUGCCUCCUUUGAUCCAGAAAACCUAUUCAGACCCUGACCAUUGCCGUGUUGCAGCACCAAUUGAUGACAAUGUGGAUGACAAUAUCCCGCUUAGAGUAAUGCUCCUCCUGAUGGAUGAAGUCUUUGAUUUAAAGGAAAGAAAUCAGUGGUUAAGAAGAAAUAUAAAAAAUCUGCUUCAACAGCUUAUUAGAGCAACAUAUGGUGACACAAUUAACAGGAAAAUAGUUGAUCAUGUUGACUGGAUGACAUCUCCUGAACAAGUAGCAGAUGCUGUAAAACGCUUCAGAGAUGCUUUUUGGCCCAAUGGCAUUUUAGCAGAGACUGUUCCACGGAGAGACAAAGCUAUUAGAAUGAGAACAAGAGUGGCAGGGAAGACCAAAUUACUGGAGGUAAUGCCAGAUGAGCUGAAGCACAUCAUAGGCGCUGAGACAACUCGAAAAGGCAUUCUUCGGGUCUUUGAAAUGUUCCAGCACACUCAACUGAAUAAGAGAAUGGUGUAUGUCUUUCUGGAGAGAUUCCUAGAAACCUUAUUUCCACAAAAUAAGUUCCAUGAGCUCUUCAACAAACUGCAUUCACGGUCAAAGCAGAUGCAGAGGUACAAACAGAGACUACACACUACUCAAGCGCCUUCCUUGCAGAAAAGGUGACACUUCAAACCUAUUAAGCUGGUGUAUGUUUGUCCAGGACUAAUUACUUGGGCAGAUUCUCUGGGGCUUCAAACUCACAUGCUGUUACUUCUGCACCAGUCUUUUAGUGUCACAUAUUAGAUUAUUAAUGCAUCUGUAAGACCUGUGGAUCUUCUCAUCUUCACUUGUAAUUCAACCACUACCAGAAGGGUUUGUGUGUCUUAAAUGAUUUGGUGCGUCUUCAUGCAACAUUGAGAAGAAUACUGGCCCAUUAUAUAAGAAUGCUGAUUCCUUCCGUUCCUGAGUUGAUGUUUGCCAGCAAUGAAAAGUGCCAGACUGUUUGAGUGAAGCACAACAGCUAUGGCGAUACAGUGGAGGAAAAGAAUGUUUUGGCACUGGGAGAUAGUGCAAUGUGUGAGAAUCAGGUGGAAUUGUUCUACCUUACGGCUGUUGAGACUCUGUAGGGCUUAUUUAACAUUCCUGUAAAGGCUGAGCUAACAUGAAAAGCAGUCUCUGGAACAGCAGGUUCAUAGGGGAGGGGAGAUACAGUUACGCCCCCAUCAUAAAAGUAUAUUUAUUAAAGAAAAGUUGGGGUAAUGUGGUUUUUAUGCCACAUAAAGUUUACCUUUUAUGUUUUGAAAAAUAAACUAACAUCUAUCGGGGGGUUUAGUAAAGGCAGAGGUGCAGUAGAAAUAAACCCUUUAUUCUGAUUAUUCUGUAGCUCUAAGGGCCAUACUCUGCUCUUACAGCACCUGGCAUACAUUUUGCAUGUAACUUCAGUGGAGAAGGGGCAUCAUAUUUAUGUUCAAUUGGUGUAUUUGAACAUAUGUCAAGUUGAUAGUUGUAGAAGGAAGGGGGUACAUGUUUCAAAGAGGAUAGACAUAUCAUGUUAGAAGAUGAGGAAAUGGCACGAAGAAACAGUUCUCACACAACUCCCCUCUUAAAAUCUGAAACACUUCGGGUGUAAAAGACUGUCCUACCCAAUUGAAGGAUUCCCUACCUUUGGGUGUGCAAGCCUCAUGGGAAAAAUGUUAGAAUUAGUUGGUUCCUUACAGAUAAAAGAUUUCAUUAGUCAUAUGCAAACAUUUGGAAAUUCCUGAAUGCAUCUCAGUGUAUAUAUGAAAAUAAAAAGGAGAUAAAACUACAAUAUUUUUUUAAAUAUUUUUUUUAUUUUUUUGCAUAGUGUAAAAUUUUAAUAAAAGUUUGACAUCAAGGCCCCACAUCCAUCUGUUUAGUUUCAUCGAAUAAUUUCUGUCCAACUAAAACUAAAGUAACAUGAGUAAUCCUGUUUGGCCACAGCAUAUCUCAGUUUGUGUUUUCUUUUUCAUAGUCCCCUGCUGUUUAUGAGCACCACUAUCCAGGUGAAUAGAAAGAUCCUGCAGAGUCCAUAUUUUUUCUGAACACUAAAUACAGGGUAAGAUACAGCUAUUGAUCAAGGAUCCUUAUAGCAAUUUGUGUCGAAAUGGGAACAAAUGAUCCUUUUAUGCAAGGGGGGAACACAGACUUUUUAUGAAAGUGUUCUAAGAGAAGAUAGAAAGCUCUUAAAGGACCUAGUUAAAUUGACUGAAGCCUCUAUAUAGAUAUUUUGUUUUCUUACGGACUCUAUUCACACAAUGUAGCCUUUUAUCAUACUACUUAAUGGUGAUCAUAUUGUACUGUUAACAUUCUCAUACAGUAUGCAUGGGCUCAAGUGCACUUGUUUUUUUCUUUAUUGCAGAACUAAAUACUGUAAAUUAAAUCCCUUUCUUUUAUAAUUUCUAGGAAGACAAGUUGGCAAAUAUGUAUGAAUCCUUCCCCCUUCCUCUCUGCAGGUUUUGUAGAAGCGUGGAUUAAGUGCUGUUGAGUUUAACAAAAUUCUUGAGUUCCUGUGUGAAGUAAUCAAUAUAGCCAGCUACUAUUGUUUACAUGUCUGUAUCUUCCUCUGAUGUCAGGGUAUACUCUGUUAUACCUGAUAUCUGACUGAUAAAGAUCAUUCAGCAAUUGUUCUUGGUGAUAUAGUAAAUAUAUCAUUGAUACUACCAAACCUAAUUUAUAUCUUUUAAAUCACUGAAUUAGUUAUGCAGUAUGAAAAUGGGAAGUUUAAAUACUGUUUUGUCAAAUCUGUGGAGCCUCUUUUCUGUCUGCAGGUACCAUGAAAAAAAAAAUCAAGAGUGAAUGUGUGCAAAUUUGGGAUUUUCUUAAUUGUCUUGUACAUUUCUGUACAAAAAAAAAAAAUAAUAUCUCUAGGAAUGUGAACUGAACAUAAUACAAUGUGUUUGUUAGUCAUUUUACGUAAUGAAUUUAUUACAUAUAUAUACUUAUACACACAUUUAUAUACAUGUGUGUGCAUAUGUAUAUAUGUACUAAAGUUCUGUCUUCUGUAUUUAAUUACAGAACUUGGCUUCCUAAUUCAGUGGUGCCUGUUAGCUGGCAAGAAUGAUCAGAAAUGAAUACUUUUUGUUUAAAAGUUUGUAUGUAUCUUUAUUUAAGUGGUUUUCCUGUUGACGAUUUAAAAUAUCUGCCCUGUCAACCCAUGCAGCCUGUUAUCCUAUAAAGUCUCCAAAACUGAAUGUUAAUAUACAGCACUUAAGUUUCUGGAUGUGUAUUCUGGCCUUUGGGUGCUGUGACUGGCUGCCGAAAAUUGUGCCAUUGUCAACAAAUGCACUUGUUUUAGCCUUAAUUAUUUUUAAGAGAAAAUGAGCAAUUCAGUUUUUCAUUUGGUUCAUCCUCAAGCUUGUGCUGCUGGUGUUUGCUAGAACUAAACAGUAAAUUUUAAGUGCUACCAGAAUGUGUACCAAAAUAAAAAUAUAUGAAUUCCACAAUCUAAAUUUUAAUUUUGUGCAAUAUUUUCAUUAAAUGCAUGUGUAUUUGAAUAACUGUAAAAUAAAUGAAUUUUUAAUGUUUUGAAGUCUAGGUUAAAAAUGUCUUCUCAGCUAAACAAUUUUGCAUUCUGUUGUUGCGUUAGUUUAUUUAAGGACUUGUUUUAAAAGUCUUAUUUGUUACUCCUCUGUUAAUUCCCUUGUUCUUAAUGAUCAUUGCUCAAUUGAGCAUAGCUCAUACAUUACAAGGGAAAAAUCUGAAGAGCACAUCUCAUGAAUAUAGCUGUUAUAAAUUACUUGUGCAUAUCAUUGUACAGUAAGUGUCAGCUGUGUGCCUAAUUGUUCUAUUAAUGCUUUUUCCCUCCCUUCCCCAUCCUGUCGUUUCCGUAAUAAAGAAUGAACAUGAAACAGACUGCCAGGGUCACUUCUACUGGAAGGCUGAGGACUCUGAAUUAUUUUUUUUUGGAGUUUGCAUUUAUGUUCUGUCCAAAGCUAAAAAAAAAUAAAAUUACACUAAUAAAGUAUUA